AUGUAUCGCGGUAAAACCACGCGCCCCGAGGCCACCCCCGCAUCCGACACGGAGCACCACCAGCACCUCUCUGUGCAUCCCUCGCCCUCGUCCUCGUCGCUCGCCUCGUUCGCUUCCGCCUCGCGCCGGCUGUCCUCGGCCGGCAGCGAGACGGUCAAGCGCGUCGUGGUCGGGCUGCUACCACUUGACAAGGUGCCGGCGUGGUACGGCGAGAACCCGUACAUCCGGACGGGCUACCGGCCCGUCUUCGCCGCGGCCGGGCCGUGCUUCCGCAGCUGGACGUACCUGCACAACCAGAGCGGCAACAUCUACACGCACCUGGUGCCGGGGGUGGUCGUGGCCACGCUCGGCAACGCCGCGCUCGCCGCGUACCUGUCGGCGCACUAUCCCGGCGCCACGCGCACCGACCGCGCCGUCUUCCACGUCUACCUGACCGCCUGCGCCGCCUGCUUCGGCCUCUCGGCCGCGUACCACACCCUGCUCUGCCACUCGCGCGAGCUCGCCGACCUCUGGAUCCGCCUCGACUACGUCGGCAUCUCGCUCCUCAUCAUGGCCUCGUUCGUGCCCGGUCUCUACAUGGGCUUCUACUGCGAGCCGGGGCUGCUGACCGGCUAUCUCGGCGCGAUUUUUGUCAUGGGGGUUUUUAAUUCCUAUCUUUCGUUUUACGGCAAGAAUGAGUCUAAAGACUGGCUCACCUCCCGCCUGCUGCCGUUUCUGGCGCUGAGCCUGUCGGCUUUUAUUCCCAUCUUUCACGCCGUCCUUCUUUUUCCAUACGACCAGCUGCAGAAACAGUCUGGGCUGAAUUAUUACUAUCUCGAAGCUGUCUUUAUGCUCAUUGGUGUUGCUUUUCUUGUUCGACUAACCCGCAACAGUCACGAUUUCCCGAGCGCUGGCUGCCCGGGAAAUUCGACAUUUGGGGAUGUUCCCAUCAAAUCUUCCACUGUUUCGUAG